AUGCAUUACCUCGUGGUGCUCUUAGCUGUCGCUGAGCUGUCGCUCAGCAUGGCUGGGCAGCUGCAUCGUAGGUCGGUGGCGAGUCCGAGCGAGCCGACGACGACUACGGAAGCGGCCGCGUUCGCUUACAGUGCCGACGAGUUGCGCGAGCUGGCCAGAGGCAUCAUGAAAGACGCAACCAAGAAGUUGUUUCCGUACGUGCAAGAUUUGGCCUACGACCAGAACCUGCCGCAGGAGUGCAUCUCCAGCCUGUUCAAGUUGAGCCAGGGCCUCCGAGGCAACAAGUUAUGGGCCUUCAAAUUUCUUGACUCCAUGGGUCGGCCACCGGCUGGUUUGCUGGAAGGCUCGAUGGGCGCCUUGGGCUCGUACGACGAGUGCCUGUCCAUCGCGGUGCCCGGCGCUGACGACGAGUCGAUCGCCUUCCGCGGUCAGUACUGCACGCUUUUCGUCAAGCCUGAACUGAACGACAAGUGGCUGGACAUGCUGCAGAGGUCUGUCGACCAGUACCCGCUUCCUGUCCGGAAACGUUUGCAGAACGUGACUCACCUGAAGCAGUUUUAUGGCCACUGGUUGGUGGGAGGAAUGCGCUUAGGCGUCUGCUUACCAUCCACGUGUUCUGGCAAAGACCUCAAGUACAUGCUGGACAGAUUUGCCAAGCCUUUGAAGAUAAGCACAAAGGUCAGUGCCUGCGCUGUAGACAAGCCCGUGACAUUCACAAACCUGCAGCUGUUCAUGAUAUGCCUGUUGAGCGUUCUCGGUUUACUCUUGCUGUCAGCAUCGACGUUGGAAUUAUGGCUGAUAUUUUUUAACGGAGGAUCCAGCAAGGACCUGGAAAAACCAUUAUGCCUGCGGUUGCUGCUGUCCUUCUCGGCCGUCAGCAACACGAGAGCCCUGCUGGAUCGCUCCUCCGGCAAGGAAACGGACGCUCACCGGCUGCGCUGCUUGCACGGAAUCCGGGUCAUCUCGUACCUCUGGAUCACGUUGUGCCACAAUUACGCCAUCGUGGACUAUCAUGUCAUGUUUAGGGCAAUGAAGGCACUCGACAUAAUCGACGGAUUUGCCUUCACGGUUAUCAUUAACGGAAUGCUGUCCGUUGAGACGUUCUUCAUUAUGAGCGGUUUCUUGGUUGCUUUUGGCAUCUUGAACGAAGUCAAAAGAAAGAAGUCUAUUUGGUUUCUCCUUCCUGUGACAGUAGUGAUGAGAUACAUUAGGCUGACGGUACCUGGAGCAUUCCUGGUGGGCGUGUUCUUCCUAUACCCUCUGCUUGUGUCUGGGCCCCUGGUGGACGACGUGGUUCAGUACCUCGUCAACGACGUCUGCCGCCGCAACUGGUGGCACGUGCUUGUGCACGUGUCCAACUUGCGCAACCCGCUCGACGUGUGCCUGCCCACGCUGUGGUACAUCGCCUGUGAUUACCAGCUUUUCCUGGCAACCGUCCUGCUUGUGUUCCUUUUAGCCAAGAAACCAACGGCGGGCGCAGUCUGUCUGACGGCCGUCGCACUGGGUGCCUGCGUCGCUGUGGGUGUCCAGCACUACGUCAACGCUUUCGAGCCCCUGCCUUAUACUUACAUCAGUGAUUUGGACUUAUUUUUCAAAGGACACGGGGCAAUGUACCUGUGGCCGACGGGCCACCUGACAUCUUUUGUGGUUGGAGUCCUCGCGGCGUUUUGCUUUCACAAGUACAGCCACGUCAGGUUUGGAAAGGUGACAUACGCCGUGUGCUGGACACUUAGCGUGUUGGCUGCUCUGACAGUGCUGUACUCGGUGUUCGACUGGAACAACCGGGGCUCAUACGUGUUGGCCUGGGUGUCCACGUACGCCGGCCUCCACCGGCUUGCCUGGGGGCUGUCUGUCUGCUGGGUCGUGUUCGUUUGCGCCACUGGACAGGCCGCGCUUGUGAACCGCCUCCUUUCGCUGGAUCUGUUCGUCCCCCUCAGUCGGCUCACGUAUUGUGGAUAUCUCGUCCAAAUGCUAGUAAUCUCCACGAGGCUGGUCACGCUCAGGCAUUCGGUGUACUACACGCACUGGCUCAUGGUGCGGGACUACUUGGGCCACCUGGUGCUCGUCUACAUGUUCGCGUACAUGAUGUACCUGCUGUGCGAGUGCCCCACAGUCAAGCUUAGCAAGAUGGCCCUCACCGCUCUCACGGAUGCAUUCAGCAGAAGCACACGGAAGGAUACCAAGAGCUCGGUCUCGCAAAACCGCCUUUAGCACACUCGCCCGUAGGCCACCCCUUGCUCCAGUAUUCGCAACUUUCGCGCAACAAGGCGCCGCCGAGCGGUGCGCGCUGGUAGCUCUGUCUACAGCAAAUGAUGCUGCUUGUUUUGUGGUGUUUGUGGUUCUUUCGCAACCUUGUGAGCUGUCUCGAUUUUAGCGGGACAUUUCGAGUUUCUGAAGUUGAACACAAAGCACGAAAAAGCAACUGAUUUCGCUGCGUACCUCAAUGGUUAAACCGGUUAAACUUCUCAAGCAAAUAACGAAAACCCAUAAAGCUAUACAGCAACCAUGUUGUGUCCGAGUACUUCUGUGGUUACAGCAUGCAUCUCACUUCGUAUUUCUCGCGCU